UGUUAGUGUGUAGUGUUGUUUAGUUCCCUGGCGCUUAAAAUCUCGGAACUCCUCGGGAGAUUAAAACACGAACAACUUGACAAAUUCUCGUCACACCGGAAAUACACUGCAAACCAGCUGAAGUUAAAAAUCUCAUCGACGAAAGAAUGUCAGAAGGCGAGCUUGUGUUUCCUCUGAAGUGUUCUGUACAGAACUAUGCCUGGGGUAAACUUGGCAGUGAGAGUGAAGUGGCCUCACUUCAGAAAGCCGCUGAUCCAUCCUUCCAGAUAGAUGAUGAUACUCCCUACGCUGAGUUAUGGAUGGGAACACAUGUCAACUGCCCAUCAAAGGUAAAAACACCCAAGGGAAGCAACCUCUCCCUGAAAGACUGGAUUACCCAGCAUCCCGAGCAGCUGGGAGAGGCAGUCAGGAAAAAGUUUGGGGAUGACCUACCAUUCUUGUUCAAGGUUCUGAGUGUCAACAAAUCACUGUCUGUUCAAGCUCACCCAAACAAGGUUCAGGCAGAGAAGCUUCAUAAAACCUUUCCUGACAUUUACAAGGAUGACAAUCACAAACCUGAACUGGCCAUCGCCCUGACGCCAUUCAAAGCCUUGUGUGGAUUCCGUCCCAUUCAGGAAGUUGCUGAUUUCCUGUCAAAGAUUGAGGAGUUACGAGCCGUGGUGGGUGGACCCAAGGCCUGUAAACUGAUCUCGGCGAGUAAGACCCCCGACAUGCCCCUCCAGAGGGAGGCCAUGAAAGACUGCUUCACGGCGCUGAUGAAACGGGACCCAGAGAGCGUCCAAUCAGAGCUCAAACUUCUCAUCAAUAGAUUACAGAAUCUAGACAAUGCUGGGACUGACACCAGUGUGUUUGAGAGUGAGGUUCUCUAUAAGUUAUACAAGGAGUUCCCUGGAGAUGUGGGCUGUUUUACUGUGUACUUCCUUAACGUGAUAACACUCCAGCCGGGAGAAAGCAUGUUCUUAGAAGCCAAUCUACCUCACGCUUAUCUCUCUGGGGAUACGAUGGAGUGUAUGGCUUGUUCAGACAAUGUGGUGCGAGCAGGACUGACCCCUAAAUUCCGAGAUGUUCAUACGCUGUGUGAAAUGUUAGACUACACGGGUAAACCAGCAAGUAAAACCAAGUUCACAGGAAAAUCCGUCACGGAGGAUAAAGUCACAAUAACGACCUUCAGUCCGGCAAUCAGAGACUUCGCUGUCAAGAAAUUCCAGACCAGCCCUGGUUGUACGUCUCUAAAGCUCGCCGCUUUACCCAGCCCUAGCAUUACCAUCGUGAUUCAGGGAAACGGAAUCGCAAACAACGCAACACUGGAGUCAUCACUUCCUGUCAAUCGGGGCGAGAUCUUCUUCACGUCGGUCAAUCAGGAGGUUACGAUAGAUGUGUCCUCGGAAUCCAUGCUUCUGUUCCAGGCCUACGCUGCGGUGUAAAGGCUUUCAUAGACAGUAGAAGUGCCUGACCUCAAAUCCUUGUCUAAAGCUGACAGUUUAUUUCUUGCAUAAUUCCCAAUAUAUUAUUAUGUAUAGUUGAAGCUUUUCCCUUGCUAGGAUGAUCUCCCUGUUUCAAUCUAUAAUCUGUUAAUAGCUUUAUAUAAUGUUAAUUUGCUUGAUUUAUUCUUCUUAAUCUUUAUCAUUAUAAAUUGCAGUUAGACAUGCCAAAUGUUACGAUUUCACACAAGUGAAAUUAAGUUAGAAAGUCUAAACAAAUUAACAUAACUUGGAAUUAAAGUUUUAAUUUGAUAUUUUUGUUACCAGAAUGGAAAUUUCCAUUGAUAUUUAAAACUUAAUUUAUACUUGACUGUCAACUUGUAUCGUGACUGGGCUACGUGUAGUUAUUGUAUGAGAUAUCUUUAAUGGUGCAUUAUUUGUGUGGUAUUUGUUCAAAAUGUAUGUAAAGCUAAGCUUUUAAUUUUUAUUCCUUUUUUGAUGUUUGUUUAUUUUAUUUUGUUCUAUAUGAGCUUUUGUUCCUCUAUCCGAUGGAUCAUUAUUCCACUUUUAAAAAUUAGUUCUCGAUGAUGAAGGUGAAACCAAAGUUCUUUGUUUAUUGUAUCAAAUGCAAUAAAGGGCUUAUGAUGGAAA